CCUGCUCUUGCACCGGUCUCCAUCUCCCAGCAGAAGGCGCAGCCAUGAAUCCGUUAUUCGGCCCCAAUCUUUUCCUCCUACAGCAGGAGCAGCAAGGCCUGGCCGGGCCGCUGGGGGACUCUCUGGGAGGCGACCACUUCACCGGGGGAGGCGACUUGGCCCCGGCGCCGCUCGCCCCGGCCUGCCCCACUGCCUACUCGCCUCCAGGGCCGGGAACGGCGCCCCCCGCCGCCAUGGCUCUCCGCAAUGACCUGGGUUCCAACAUCAACGUGUUGAAGACCCUGAACCUGCGAUUCCGCUGUUUUUUGGCCAAGGUGCACGAGCUGGAGCGCCGGAAUCGGCUGCUGGAGAAGCAGCUGCAGCAGGCGCUAGAGGAGGGUAAGCAGGGCCGGCGGGGUCUGGCGCGCCGCGACCAGGCGGUACAGACCGGCUUCGUCAGCCCCAUCCGGCCCCUGGGGCUGCCCCUGGGCACCCGGCCGGCUGCCGUCUGCACCCCGUCGGCACGGGUGCUGGGCUCGCCCGCACGCUCGCCCGCCGGCCCUCUCACGCCCUCCGCGGCCGGCCACUCGUCGUCCUCCACUGCCCUCGCCACUGCCACCGCCACCGCCACCGCCUACUCCCCGUCCGCCCGCUUCAUGCCGGGCACCAUCUGGUCCUUUUCUCACGCCCGCCGACUCGGGCCGGGACGAGAGCCCACCCUAGUGCAAGGGCCUGGCCUGUCGUGGGUGCACCCCGACGGAGUGGGCGUCCAGAUCGACACCAUCACCCCGGAGAUCCGCGCCCUCUACAACGUGCUGGCUAAAGUGAAGCGGGAGCGGGACGAAUACAAGCGGAGGUGGGAAGAGGAAUACACAGUUCGCAUACAACUGCAAGAGCGAGUGAACGAGCUCCAGGAGGAAGCCCAAGAGGCGGAUGCCUGCCAGGAGGAGCUGGCAAUGAAGGUGGAACAGCUGAAAGCCGAGCUAGUGGUCUUCAAGGGGCUCAUGAGCAAUAACCUGUCAGAGCUGGACACAAAGAUCCAGGAGAAGGCCAUGAAAGUGGACAUGGACAUCUGCCGCCGCAUCGAUAUCACCGCCAAACUGUGCGAUGUGGCUCAGCAGCGCAACUGCGAGGAUAUGAUCAAGAUGUUCCAGAAGAAGCUGUCUCUGCACUUGUCUCCCAUUAAGGUCCCAUCCAUGGGGGGGCGGAAGCGGGAGCGCAAGGCUGCCAGCGAGGAGGACCCCUCCCUGUCGGAGAGUGAUGGGCCCCGCCAGCCCGAUGGGGAUGAGGAGGAAAGCACAGCCCUCAGCAUCAACGAGGAGAUGCAGCGCAUGCUCAACCAGCUGAGGGAGUAUGAUUUUGAGGACGACUGUGACAGCCUGACCUGGGAGGAGACUGAGGAGACCCUGCUGCUGUGGGAGGAUUUCUCUGGCUAUGCCAUGGCAGCGGCAGAGGCCCAGGGAGAGCAACAGGAAGACAGUUUGGAGAAGGUGAUUAAAGAUACCGAGUCCCUGUUCAAAACCCGGGAGAAGGAGUAUCAGGAAACCAUUGACCAGAUAGAGCUGGAGCUGGCCACAGCCAAGAACGACAUGAACCGGCAUCUGCAUGAGUACAUGGAGAUGUGUAGCAUGAAGCGGGGCCUGGAUGUGCAGAUGGAGACCUGCCGCCGCCUCAUCACCCAGUCUGGAGACCGAAAGUCUCCUGCUUUCACUGCGGUCCCGCUUAGCGACCCGCCGCCACCGCCAAGCGAGGCUGAGGACUCCGAUCGCGAUGUCUCAUCUGAUAGCUCCAUGAGAUAG